AUGGCAUCUUCACCGAGUAUCAUCGAUGCUGCCAAAGCAGAAACAAAAAAGCCGUCGAAAAUGAAAACCCUUACGAAAAAGUACGGUGCUGUCGGCAUCAUCGUCUAUGUUGCUAUAGGCUGCAUCGAUUUAGGAAUAACUCUUGGAGUCAUACAGUUAGUAGGACUGGAUAAAGUGAAGGCAUUAGAAAGAGCUGUUUUGGAUACGCUUUUUAGGGCCAAAGAUAAGUUCGGUUCCAAUACUAAUGCUACUGCUUCCAAUGAGACAGCAUUAGACUCUAUGGUAGAAAAGAGAAAGGAAAAGGACGAUAACAGCACACCAUCUUUUGCCUCUAUCUUCAUAUUAGCUUAUGGUAUACAUAAGACGUUACUCUUACCCGUCAGAUUAGGUAUCACAGCAGCUAUUACACCGGCUGUAGUUCGUAAAAUACAUCAAUUAGGUUGGGCACGAUACUUCCCCGGCCUGAAAAAUCUUAGUAAACCGCAUCAAACACCAACGUCAACAAUAAAAUAA